CGCCCGGGCGCCCGCGGUUUGAAAGACCGCGCGGCGGCGGACGGGAAACCGCGGGCGGGCCGGGUGCCGUGGCCGCGCUCUUGGCGUCCUCUUCGCGGCGGUCUGGGAUGGCGGAGGCCUUGAAUCAUUUUAAAAAAGACUACAGAACAAGAUUCUGCCAUGGAGGAGGAACUAAGAUUGAUGUACAGCCAGGUCAAAAUGUACUGAAAGUCAUACAGGAUUGUUUCGAAAGUUGUGGUAGCAAUCUUACAAUAAAUUCUCCAUGUGCGAGUCCCCGUUGCUCAACUCCUAUUGUCAGAAGAGAGAAGAGGACUUCAAUACAGAGACAAAGGCCAGAGGCAGGGUUAACUAACUCUGUGAAAAGAGCCUGUAAUUCCGCAGAGUCCUUACCUGCAUCACCACUAAAACCAGUCAGCAGCAGAGGACGGUCACAUGAAUCACCCCUGAAGCCUGCAAUACAUGAUUAUGUAGCUGAUGCUAAUAAACCACAGACUCCUGUAUCUAAAAGACAAACAAAUAAUAUAUUAAAAGAUGUUGAAGCACUAUGCAAAAGUCCUGCCAUGUCUUUGGACCCUGAGGAUGAUCAUGGGUUUCUUGGAUCACCUCUUCUUGUGGAGGAAGCGAAAAGUUCUCCGGUACAUAUAUUACAUUUUGAUGACCAAGAUACUCCUGCUGGAGUGAAGAGCCCCGUGGAAGUUGAAAAUUGGGAAAGACCUCAGACUGGGAGAGAUGAGCAGGUUGUUGCACAAGCUGCUACGUCUUCUGUACAGAAAGAGAAGGCUUUCUCUUCAGUUGUCUUGGCAGCUUUAACAACAGGAACGCUUGGAAAAAGGUAUUCAGCCUCAAUAUCACCACCAUCACCUCCUACUGUGCAAGAUGAAGAUAUAGAAAUAGAAAAUGAAUGUGAAUUUCUAAUUGAUGAAUCAGAUGUUGUAUCUUCUAAUUCUUGGCUUUCAAUACCCCUUAAGAACAAAAAAUCAAAAAAAGAUGUCUCUGCAACUCCUGUGUCUAAAUCUCAGACCUCUGAAAAGGAGAAGACGGAGAGUAAGAAGGGCAAGAACACAAAAGCAAAGGUUGAAGCACUUACUAAACAGAAAACAGAUGAUUUGGAUGUCAAAGUACCUGACUUCAAAGAAACGUCAGAAUCAGAUCCAUUCUCUAACAGUAAAGGAAAGGUCCUUAAAUCUCAAAUCAAAAACAGUACUCGUAUGGGAAAGACUAAAAAGGAUGCACUUAGACAAGGCUCUCCAAAACAGAAAAAGGACACGUCCUGGAAACCAGAAGCUAAAGAACUGAUGUUGUCAUGUUCUGGAUUGGAAACAAAAGCAUCUGAUGCUGACCAAUGUAAAACAAAGGUCGUGACAAAUGAGGAUUCACCUAUGUCCUCAGCUGAGCAGCAGCAAGAGAGGACUGUGUCUCCAAAAAAGAAUCUCAAGUCUUCCAAGCAGUUGGCUUCAAAAGGUUCUCAGCGUUUAGUUGAUAAGAAACGAACUGCUAAGCAGAAACUUACAAAAGAUACAGCAGCUAAGAGAUUGGCAGAAAAUCCAAAGAAGCAGUUUAAAAAAUCUGGUAAGAAAAAUAGUAAUAAAAAGCCUCGGUUACAGAGAGAGGAGAGUUCUGAUGGUGAACCAGGUGAAGAAGAGCUUGAAAGAGAGCCUGUAAAAUUGAAUGAAGUGUUUACCUCACCCCAGCAUCAGGAAUUACAGACUUCUGUGAUUCAGGAGUUGGCUAAGUCUGAAAAGCCUAAAAAUGUAUUGGACGCAUUGGAGUCACUUGGUGGUGCAAAUUACAAAACUGCUGUAGAAGUGCUACAGCAUCUCAUGGACGUUGUGAAGAAUUCUGAAAAGAAACGUUUGUCAGCUAAGUCUUCAGGGAAGAUACCCAAAACAAUUUGUCACAGAACCAGUAAAGGUGUUUGCUCAAGCCCUGAGGACACCGAGUCUCAAGGGGAUUCUGACAGCUCUUCUGUAGAGGACAUGGCAAUAAAAAAACAGAAGUUAUCAGAUGUGAAAAUAAAAAAUAAUAUAAGAAAACAUAACACGCAACAUGGACUACAGAAGCGCUUUGCAGUGGAGAAGGGUAUGAGUCAUGAAAGUGGGCCUGUUUUAGAACGUCGUGAUAACUUCACUUCCAGUAGUAAGUUUUGUGAACAGGAUAAUACAUCUUCAGAUAGUUCUGAGGACGUCAAUCGUCAAGUAAGAGCUCUGUUGUCAGACAACACAGCAAGGCAUAAAAUAGUAAUGCCUUCCAACACACCUAAUGUUCGUCGGACAAAAAGGAUACGACUAAGACCUCUGGAAUAUUGGCGAGGCGAGCGUGUAACCUAUGCGAUGAAUCCUUCAGGAGAGCUUGUGAUUAGUGGAAUAGCAUGUCCAGAAACAGAACCUCACAGGAAGAUUAAAGAGCGGAAGGGUGUCCACAAGCAGAAAAGAGAUGAUACAAGAAGUGAGAUACCUGCAAAUUUGUAUCACUCCCUAGCUGAUACUUCUAAGCCAACCGUUGUAGUGGACCCAGUAACAAAUAAGGAAGUACUUCUGGAAUGUGUUAACACUGAAAGCAAUCUCCCAUGCUUCUUCAAAGAUGAAGCGGUAGAAAUAUAUAAAAAUUUGAAUACACCUGCUUUUGCCACUGGUAGAUUGAUUUUGAAACCACUUAAAGAAAAGGGACACCAGCAUGUCUACAUGGAUACAAUAGCUUUCCACGUUAUCUACGGCAAAAUUAUUCUCACCUUACAUAAGACAUCAUAUUAUCUGACUACGGGUCACUACUUCUACGUUCCAGCAGGAAAUGAAUAUAACAUACGUAAUCUUCUGAAUGAAGAAAGUGUUCUUCUUUUCACACAACUCAAAAGUGAUGGGUGAAGAACUUUCUGCAGAGAAGUUUGCUGAAACUUUUCAAGCUUUUACCAAAAGCAAGAAGCAUGUUGUUGGAGACCUCUUCCCCAUAACUUUGCCUGCAAAUUGAAGAUCACCUAAUGCAAAGGAGUGCUACGGAAUACUGUACCUACCAUCCAACUGGAAACACACCCCAUCUUUGGGGGCACAUUGUUUCAUCGAUCUUAAAAGAUGUUUCUCUAAUGCAAAUUGUAAA